AUGCCGACCAUCUCUGUCGACAAGGCUGACUUCUACCGCCGCAUCGGCAGCGAGUACACUACCGAGGAGUUUGACGAGCUGUGCUUCGAUUUCGGUGUCGAGCUGGACGAGGACACAACGGCCGACGUUGAGGCAGCCCGCAAGGCCGGCCUCCCAACCGAGGCGCCACAGCUCAAGAUCGAGAUCCCCGCCAACCGCUACGACCUUCUGUGCUCCGAGGGCCUCGCGCGCUCCCUUCGCGUCUUCUUGGGCCGCGAGGCGCCCACGUCAUACACCCUCGCGAAGCCGACUCAGGAGGCGUUCAUCGAGCCCAGCACGUCGCCGCUGCGUCCGUACUUUGCCGCCGCCGUCCUCCGCCUCGCGCGCCCGAUGAACGACCUGGAGUACAACUCGUUCAUUGAUCUCCAGGACAAGCUGCACCACAACCUGUGCCGACAGCGCAAGUUUGUCGCCAUCGGCACGCACGACCUGGACACGAUCGAGGGUCCCUUCCGCUACAUGUGCCGCGACCCGCACCAGAUCAAGUUUGCCCCUUUGAACAAGGACACCGAGUACACCGCCGCGCAGCUCAUGGAGCUGUACGACAGCGACAGGCAUUUGUCCAAGUACCUCCCCAUUAUCCGUGACGCGCCAGGCUACCCCAUCAUCUACGACAAGCACGAUCGCGUGCUGUCGAUGCCGCCGGUCAUCAACUCGCAGCACUCCAAGAUCGUCGCUGGCAAGACCACUAACAUCUUCGUUGACGUGACUGCCACGGAUAAGACCAAGCUAGACAUUGUUGUCAUGCUCAUGGCAACCAUGUUCGCUGAGUACUGCAAGGUGCCGUUCGAGGUCGAGCCUGUCAAGAUCCACUACCCCGACGGCACGACCACCCUCACGCCCAACGUCGCGCCGCGCAAGACGACCGCGUCGCAUGCCUACAUCAACGCCGCGGCGGGUCUCGACCUCUCCACCGAGGAGUGGGCUGGUCUCUUGACCAAGAUGUCGCUGGCCGCUACCGUGUCCGAGGCGGACCACGAUGUGCUCGACGUGCUCGUGCCCUGCACGCGUCCUGACAUCCUGCACGAGUGUGACAUUAUGGAGGACGCGGCCAUCGCGUACGGGUACAACAACCUGCCGACUUCCAUGGAAGGGUCGGCGACGGUCGCCAAGCCCACGCCAGUCAACAAGCUCGGCGACAUCCUGCGCAAGGAGUGUGCAAUGGCCGGCUGGACCGAGUGCCUCCCCUACAUCCUGUGCAGCCACGACGAGAACUACGCUUGGCUCCUGCGCAAGGACCCUGGUGGCGAGUGCAUCCGCCUGGCCAACCCCAAGACGACCGAGUUCCAGGUUGUGCGCACGUCCCUCGUUCCCGGCCUCCUGAAGACGGCGCGCGAGAACAAGGCCGUCCCCCUCCCCCUCAAGGUGUUCGAGGUCAGCGACGUCGCCUUCCAGCGCCCCGAGCUCGACCGGCGCUCUCGGAACGAGCGUCACCUCGGGGCCGUCUACAUCAACCACAAGGCGGGCUUCGAGGUCGUCCACGGCCUUCUCGACCGCAUCAUGCAGAUCCUCGGUGUGCCGUACAUUGCCACGGCCGACUCCAAGGCCGAGUAUGGGUACUACAUCGCCGAGGCCAAGGACGAGCCGAGCUUCCUCCCGGGCCGUGCGGCACACGUUUUCCUCCGCCCCAGGCAGAAGUCUCAGAAGAAGGGCGGCCCACUUGAGACGGCUGCCAGCGCGCUCAAGGCGGCGCUUCCUGGCCAGGACAUCAAGCUCGGCCAGCUUGGCAUCCUCCACCCCGAGGUCCUCGCCAACUUUGACCUCACGCGUCCCGCGUCCACGCUCGAGAUCAACAUCGAGCCCCUGUUGUAG